UCUGUUGUGUGCAGGUAUUUAUAAUCUUAAAGAGAUAUGCACUUCAGUGCAGACACCGGCUGUAACAGGACGUACGACUCAGAGCUCUCUCAACACACAAAUACACAGAAAGCCAUCAUGACUUCCAAAAUGGUCAUCAGCCAGCCUCAGCCUGUGAUGGACGCCCGGGACUCUGAUGAGUGGGGAUCAGGGAUCUGUGACUGCUUUCAAAAUGUGCCUGAGUGUUGUUGUGCUUUCUGGUGCUGUCCCUGCUUCGCCUGUAAAACAACCAAGAAAUAUGGGCAGUGUCUCUGUCUCCCCCUGUUGGACAUGUUUGGUUUUGUCCCUCCCGCCACCAUGUCCAUGAGGGUCUCCAUGAGGCAGCGCUACGGCAUCAAAGACACCAUGUGUAGGGACUGUCUGUUUGCCACCUUCUGUACGACCUGCAGCUGGUGUCAGAUGUCCAGAGAGAUGAGGAGGAGAAACCUCCAAGUCGUCCUAGUCAGUGCCAAGAACACAUGAGUUCUCUCCUGUCUCCUGACCACCACCAAGGCUGUAACAUGUUCCAUUAACACACAGCCUGCUGCGGCUUUUCUAACACAUCUAAACAUUAUAAAUACACUGUACACUGAAGCCUAUGUGAAAGAGACGAGCCUACAUUGAAAGAAAAUAAACGUUGACUUUAAUUGAAUGUGUUAUGUCAACAGAUUGCACAUAACUGCAUCAUGUUAGUUUGAAGCAAUAAUAUUAAGUUAACUUAAAGAACAUUAGGUUCAACUUAAUAUUAUUGCUUUCAACUAACCUAAUAGUCAUGUCAAUGACUGAAAAGCAAUAUGUGUGCCUGAAAAACUAAUUUAAUAAAAUGAGCUAAGAUGAUUGAUAACUCCCAAAGCAUAAUACGAGCUCUGGCAGCAGGGAAUGUAGAAAUAAGUUAUUUUUGAAAUGUAUUACACCCCAAUUGUUUUAUACGUUUUAUUUUUUCUGCCUGAGACGAAAAACGCUUACUUUUACUGAAAAAAUGGUAUCUGAUCUUGGUUAAAGGGAACUGUCCGCUGACUUUAAGGCAACUAUUCUUGAAGAGCCUUUUUAUGAAUUACAUUUUGUUGUACUAUGUUUAAGUUUUGUUUGUAAGCAAAACCCAAGCAUGGGUUUAUCAUCAUGACAAACGUUUUGUAAACUAGUAUUGUUUUCACAUACUAAUAUUAUAUCUGCCAAAGUUACAAUGUAUUAAACAGACUUCAAGCAAUUUUAACAAUGUGCCAUAUACAUAAUGCAAACAACAACAUCAAAUGGUAUUGAUUUGAUAUUAUUGAUAAUAACUGAACUAUUAUUAAAGUAAGCUUGCUCAACAUGAAACAAAGUCAAACCUGCUUACUGUAUUUUAAAAUGAAUGGCUGUACCCUGAUUUUCUAUAUACAAAUAUAAUAGAAAUACAUCAUUUAAGAGCAGGUCAAAUCACAUGCACCAAGUGUUCACAGAUGGAAAACACACAAAGAGCAUAUUGCUUUAAUUAAAUGUACUUGAAAUACUGAUGUGACACCUUACCUAGCGGCUAGAGGGAGCCACAUUCUUCACAAUGAGCCAACACUUUGUAUAGAGGGUUGAGGCCAUGUGGGGUCACAGUGGAUCAGAAGCAUGGACCUGACAACCACCUGCACAGGAGAGGGAAAAUAACCAAAAAACCUUACAAUAAAUGAAGCUUUCCUGCG